AUGGCGCUUUUUGCUACCAGCCGCCUGGCGGCUAUGUUGCUGCUGUUGGCGACAGUAGCCCACGCCUUUUAUCUGCCGGGCGUAGCACCACGCUCCUUUGCUGAGGGCGAGAAGAUCCCUUUGCAAGUCAACCGUCUCGACUCAACCGAGUCUGUUAUGCCCUUUGACUACUACUUCUUUGAUUUCUGUGAGCCCGGGGAGACUCCUUACGGUCGCAAUGGCGCACACGAGGGUGCCAAGGUCUCUGAGAACAUUGGUCAGAUCAUUCUCGGCGAGCGCAUCCGUCAGGGCCCUUACGAGAUCAAGAUGUUGCAGGGUGAGAGCUGCCGUGCUCUUUGCGCGCGUACGUACAAUGCUUCUGCCCGCAAGGAUGUCCUGAGCUACCGUCGCAUUCUCAACGCCAUUAAGAAGGACUACAUGAAUCACUGGAUCAUGGACAACAUGCCUGUUGUUGAAUGUACCGCCAAUUGCAAGGGUGGAGCUCGUCCUCAGGAUCAGCCCUACUAUCGCAUGGGUUUCCCUGUUGGCUGUGCCAUCGGCGAAGCCGCCAAGAGCAUGACCAUUUGCACCAUCAACAACAUCAACAACAUGUAUCCCAAAGAGGUUUUCCUCAACAAUCAUGUUGAUAUUAUUGUCAAAUAUCACCAAGCGCCCGAGUUUGAGGGCUCGCGCGUAGUGGGCGUACAAAUUCGUCCCCGCUCCAUCAAGCACGAGUCGAUAGACAACCUCAACUGCGAUUCAGGCGCACCUCCUCAACCUUUUCACCUCGCCUCGCACCGCUUCAAGCACAAGCUCAAAAUCCAUAACGUUCUGGAGGAACGCAGUCGUAGUGUUGCCGAUGCAGCUGCCAAGAAGAGCGUUGAUGGUGCUGUCGAGGCUGAGGCACAGGACAACACGCCUCAGGGCGAGGAGUUGCUGCACGUCAUUUAUUCAUAUGGCGUCUUUUUCGAGGCCAGCGAUGUCAAGUGGGCCUCGCGUUGGGACACAUAUCUCCAGUCCAGCGAGUCCACCUCCAUCCAUUGGUUUAGCAUUGUCAACUCGCUCAUCAUCGUUGUCUUCCUCUCCGGCAUGCUCGGCGUGAUCAUGGUCCGUACGCUGCACAAGGACAUCAACCGCUAUAACAAUGCUGAUGAUAAGGAGGAGGCGCAAGAGGAGUUUGGCUGGAAAUUGGUUCACGGCGAUGUUUUCCGCCCACCUCGUGGUGCCAUCUACCUGAGCUGCCUCGUCGGAAACGGUGUUCAACUGCUGGCCAUGGCCAUCGUCACCCUCUUUUUUGCCAGCCUGGGGUUCCUAUCGCCAGCCACGCGAGGCUCUCUCAUGACCGCCAUGAUCACGCUGUGGGUCAUCCUUGGCACGCCCGCCGGCUACGCCUCGGCACGCCUUUACAAAACCAUGGGUGGAGAGGAGUGGAAGCGCAAUGUCAUUAUGACUGCUGUGGCCUUGCCCGUGUUCAUCUUCACCGUUUUCUUCAUGCUCAAUCUGGUCAUGUGGGGCGAGGCCUCCUCCGCCGCCGUGCCUUUUGGCACCCUUGUUGCGCUCUCCUGCCUCUGGCUGUUUGUCUCAGUUCCAUUGACCUUUGUUGGUGCCUACAUGGGUUUCAAGCGCCCACCCUUGGAGCAGCCUGUGCGCACCAACCCCAUUCCGCGCCAGAUCCCUCCGCAGAACGCUUACACGCGCCUUUUCCCAGCCAUGCUCAUGGGUGGCAUCUUGCCCUUUGGUUGCAUUUUCAUUCAACUCUUUUUCAUCUUGAACAGCAUCUGGGGCCAUAAGCUGUAUUACGUGUUUGGCUUUUUGUUCCUGGUGUUCAUCAUCUUGGUCAUUACCACAGUUGAGAGCACUAUUCUGCUCUGCUACUUUCAUCUGUGCUCAGAGAAUUAUCACUGGUGGUGGCGUUCCUUCCUCACCGGCGGUGCACCGGCAAUUUAUCUGUUCAUCUACGAGCUCAUCUUUUACUUUCGCCGCAUGGAGGUGGAGGGUUACGCCAGCCUCAUGCUGUACGCUGGCUACUCGCUCAUUGCUUCAAUCAUCUUUUUCGUCAUGUCUGGCACGGUUGGAUUCCUGGGCUGCUUUGCCUUUGUGCGUCGCAUCUACGAUGUGAUCAAGGUCGAUUAAACAGGCUGCCAUAGCUGUAUCUUGACCACUUGCAUGCGAGCGUAAACCCGCGCGUGUACCUUCAUCUCUUUUUCUCUCGUUUCUUCACAAGUCGUACACGUGUUCACUUGAGCCUUUUAAACUUGUGCUUCAAGCAUCACCACCCGGUCGCUCGCUCGCCUUUGUUUUGUAUUUCUUCCCUUUUCUUCUUCGCCCUCCACUGUAUUUUGGCAACAAUGGAGAAGUCCCAAGCUUU